CAUCAACUAUUGCUGCUGAUUGUUAAGCUAAGUCGAAGCAUCAGAAGGAUGGAAAUGGAAAAUUUCGUAACGCUGAACAAUGGAAAACGAAUUCCUCAAGUAGCCCUAGGAACAUCGAGGAUUCCAGUUGAAAAAAUUGAAGCAUGUGUAAAGCUAGCCCUAGAAAUGGGUUAUCGGCAUAUAGAUACCGCAUUUCACUAUGGAAACGAAGUGGUCAUUGGUAAAGCUCUACGUGAAUAUUUGGAAACCACUGACUUAAAGCGAGAGGAUGUUUUCAUCACCACUAAAUUGGAUGCUAUGUACAUGGAGGAAGACGUUGUAGGACCGGCAUUAGACGAAAGCCUGAAGAGGUUAGGACUAGAAUACGUCGACCUCUUCCUUUUGCAUGGCCCGUGUGCGAUGAAGACGUUUCGUCACUUUCCUGAAAACCCCCCGCUUUGUAGGGAAUUUAUGCCGGUUGAUUUGAGGGAAACAUGGAAGGGUAUGGAGGGUACUGUAUAUAAGGGCAAGGCACGAUCAAUCGGCGUAUCGAGUUUCAAUUCCAAACAGCUGGAUUACAUUUGUGAUGCUGCACGCAUUCAACCAGUGGUCAAUCAGGUAUUGUCACUUUAUGUUAUAGACACAGGUAUUUUAGACAUUAAAGUUUAUUUUCCAGUUGAGCUUCAUGCCAGAUUUCCUCAAAAGAAACUUAAUGAAUUUUGCAUAUCUAAAAACAUCCAACUUGAAGCAUUUUCUCCUCUUGGUUCGCCUUUUUUCACUGGACCGGAAGAACUCAAUACUGUACAAGCGUCUGAUAACUUGGUGGAAAACCCUAUUAUCGUCGACAUUGCGAGGAAAUACAAACGCACAGCAGGGCAAGUUGAGCUUCAUGCCAGAUUUCCCCAAAAGAAACUUGAUGAAUUUUGCAUAUCUAAAAACAUCCAACUUGAAGCAUUUUCUCCUCUUGGUUCGCCUUUUUUCACUGGACCGGAAGAACUCAAGUAA